AUGAAUCAAAGUGAACAAGUUUUCCUAGCAACCUCCCAAUUUGAAACAUAUGAUGAGUUACUACGAAGUGUGCGAUCAUUUUAUUAUGCUAAAGGAUAUGGGCUCUCUAUACGUGAUUCAAGAAAAGGCAAGCAUGUCAUUUUGCAAUGUGACCGGGGAGGUUCUCAUAAAGAACCUGCUGAGAUUAAUAGAAAAAGAAGUACCACUUCUCGUUUGACCAAUUGCCCAUUCCAAAUUGUUGGCAAAAGGGGAGCCGAUGGUUUUUGGGCAUUCACAGUGAAAAACUUGACACAUAACCAUGAACCAUCAAAGGACAUGUCCGGCCACUCAUCAUUUCGUCAACUAUCACCAAAUAAAGUGAAAACUGUGAAGGAAAUGACAAUGUCUGGAAUACCUGCUAGACAAAUUCUUUCUUCGUUACGUCUAGAAACCCCGAGUCUCCCAGCAAACUCAAGAACAAUAUACAACCUGAAGAAAAAAAUUCGUAGGGAAAAAUUAGGAAAUCGGCCUAUGAUUAAUGCCUUAUUUGAAGAGCUUGAAAAGGCUGGUUUUACAUAUGAUAUUGUCCAUGAUCUAGAUGGGCGAAUAACUCGCCUGUUCAUUGCACACCCACUGUCAGUUAAAUUGGCCAAACACUUUUCUAGUACUUUUGUGAUGGAUUGCACUUAUAAGACCAAUAAGUAUAACAUGCCAUUACUGAUAUCAUUGGAAUCUCAUGCUUCAACACCACCUUUUAUUCUGGGUUCGUAUUUUUGGAGAAAGAGGAUGAAGAAAAUUAUGUUUGGGCGUUAA